AUGGGUUUUGCCCUGGAGCGCUUCCCCGAAGCAGUGGACUCGGAAUUAAAGUGCAAGCUCUGCAGCCAAGUGCUGGAGGAGCCCCUGUGCACACCGUGCGGGCACGUCUUCUGCGCCAGCUGCCUGUUGCCUUGGGCGGCGCGGCGGCGCCGGUGCCCUCUGCAGUGCCAGCCCCUGGCUCCCGACGAGCUGCACCGGGUGCUGCCGCUGCGCAGUCUCGUCCAGAAGCUGCGCAUCCAGUGUGACUACCGCGUCCGCGGCUGUGGCCGCACCGUGCGACUGCACGAGCUGGCGGCGCACGUUGAGCGCUGUGACUACCGCCCUGAACACGGCCGCCUGGGCUGUGCUUCGGGACCCGGGGGCGGCGGCGGGGACGUGCCCGCACGGGGGGGCGGAGGGCCGACGCCCGGGGCCGGCUGGUGCGGGGGCGCGCGCCGGAGUCAGCCGAGAGGCCGCAGAGAAAACAGGCAGGGGCCUGAACCGCGGGCCCUAAUUUGGAGGCAGCGUGAGAAGGAGCUACUGGCGCAGCUCUUGGCGCUGCAGAGUGAGGUACAACUGAUGGCCCGCAGGUACCAGGAGAAGUUCAACCAGUACAUGGCUCAUGUCGGCAACUUCGCCAGCGACCUGGACGAAGGUUAUAGCCGGGCUGGAGAACGUAAGAUAGUCACCAUUGUGUUAGAAAGAGAAAGUGACACCUUGGGAUUCAAUAUUAUAGGCGGUCGACCAAAUCAGAAUAAUCAAGAAGAAAAAUCAACUGAAGGAAUUUAUGUUUCAAAAAUUUUGGAAAAUGGACCUGCUGACAGAACAGAUGGCCUAGAGGUUCAUGACAGAAUUAUUGAGGUCAAUGGGAAGGAUCUUUCAAUGGCCACUCAUGAAGAAGCAGUGGAAGCUUUCCGAAAUGCCAAGGAGCCCAUUGUCGUUCAGGUGUUAAGGCGAACUCCACUCAGUAAACCCAUCUAUGGAAUGGCCCCGGAAGUGCAGCUCAUGAAUGCCAGCACUCAGACAGACAUCACAUUUGAACACAUCAUGGCCCUGGCCAAGCUCAGGCCUACUACCCCUCCAGUGCCAGACGUCUGCCCAUUCCUGCUCUCCGACAGCUGCCAUUCUCUUCAUCCAAUGGAGCAUGAAUUUUAUGAGGACAAUGAAUACCUUUCCAGGCUGCCUGCUGAAGCAGACAGAAUAGAGGACUUUGAAUAUGAGGAGGUUGAGUUGUGUCGUGUUAGCAGUCAGGAGAAGCUGGGCCUGACAGUCUGUUACCGAACGGAUGAUGAAGAAGACACCGGCAUUUAUGUCAGCGAGGUAGAUCCAAAUAGCAUUGCUGCCAAAGAUGGCCGGAUUCGAGAAGGAGACCGUAUUUUGCAAAUAAAUGGUGAAGAUGUCCAAAAUCGGGAAGAAGCCGUGGCAUUGCUCUCUAGUGAUGAGUGCAAGAGAAUUGUGCUGCUUGUUGCAAGACCGGAGAUUCAGCUGGAUGAAGGCUGGCUGGAAGAUGAAAGGAAUGAAUUCCUAGAGGAGUUAAACUUGGAGAUGUUGGAAGAACAGCAUAAUGAAGCAAUGCAGCACACUGCCAAUGAGGUGGAGCAGCCAAAAAAGCAAGAAGAAGAAGAAGGUGCAACAGAUACAGCAACAUCUUCUUCCAACAACCACGAGAAGGACAGUGGAGUAGGGCGCACAGAUGAGAGCUUGCGCAAUGAUGAGAGUUCAGAGCAGGAGAAUGCUGCUGAGGACCCCAACAGCACUUCUUUGAAGAGCAAGAGGGACCUGGGGCAGAGCCAAGACACUCUAGGAAGCAUUGAACUUCAGUGCAACGAGAGCUUCGUGUCUGGUGAAUAUGUGGACUCAGACUGCAUUGGAAACCAAGAUGAGGAAUGUGAAAGAUUCCGGCAACUCUUGGAGCUCAAAUGCAAGAUACGAAACCAUGGAGAGUAUGACCUAUAUUACUCGAGCAGCACAAUUGAAUGCAAUCAAGGGGAGCAAGAGGGAGUAGAGCAUGAGCUCCAGUUGCUCAAUGAAGAGCUAAGAAAUAUUGAACUUGAAUGCCAGAAUAUCAUGCAGGCUCACCGGCUUCAGAAAGUGACAGACCAAUAUGGUGACAUCUGGGCAUUACAUGAUGGAGGAUUCCGAAAUUAUAAUACCAGUGUAGAUAUGCAAAGAGGAAAGCUAGAUGACAUCAUUGAACACCCAGAAAAGUCUGACAAAGACAGCUCCAGUGCUUACAACACAGCAGAAAGCUGCCGCAGUACUCCACUCACUGUGGACCGGUCCCCUGACAGCUCCCUCCCCAGGAUGAUCCACCUCACCAAUAAGAAAAAUCUGAGAAGUACAAUUGCAGCCAAUCAAUCGUUCUCUGGAUUGAGUAGUAAAGAGUCAUCUUCACCCCAAACCAGAAUCACUGAACAAGGGGGUAGUGUUGAAGGUAAGGAGGUUUUGGAAAGCAACAUGUUUCCUGAACAAGAAAAGACAGUCACUGAGCACAUCCCUUACCUCUCCCCUUACCACAGCUCUUCAUACAGGUAUGCAAACAUCCCAGCACAUGCCCGGCAUUAUCAAAGCUACAUGCAGCUAAUUCAACAGAAAUCUGCAGUGGAGUAUGCUCAGAGUCAGCUCAGCUUAGUGAGCAUGUGCAAAGAGUCUCAGAAGUGUUCAGAGCCCAAGAUGGAAUGGAAGGUAAAAAUUAGGAGCGACGGGACACGAUACAUAACCAAGAGACCAGUGAGAGAUCGAAUUCUGAAGGAACGUGCCUUAAAGAUCAAGGAGGAGCGGAGUGGCAUGACAACAGAUGAUGAUACCAUGAGUGAGAUGAAAAUGGGGCGCUACUGGAGCAAAGAGGAGAGAAAGCAACACCUGGUUCGAGCCAAAGAGCAGCGUCGGCGCCGAGAGUUCAUGAUGCGAAGCCGCUUAGAGUGUCUCAAGGAGAGUCCUCAGAGUGGUAAUGAGGGCAAGAAAGAGAUCAACAUCAUUGAACUAAGUCACAAAAAGAUGAUGAAAAAAAGGAACAAGAAAAUUUUGGACAACUGGAUGACAAUCCAAGAACUUAUGACCCAUGGGGCCAAGUCUCCCGAUGGCACAAGAGUUCACAAUGCCUUUCUGUCAGUCACAACUGUAUGAUUGUGUGUGUGCAACUGAUUUUAAGAGGGUGCUACCACUUUGGGUAGGGUAUGAUUGCCUCGUUCAAUGUGGCAUUUUUAUAUAUAUUUUGUGACUCUUUAUAGUUUAAAUUUUUGUAAACAAAAAUACCUGGUAAUUUUUUCAUUUGUUUUCAUAUACUGGUAUCUUCUUUUUGGCUGAGAUCUUCCUUUAACUUGUGAUAUAUUCGUAUUACUC